AGAUAUGACAUCGGCAUCAGAACUUUCACAUUGACUUCCUUCCUUUUUAUUUGUGUUCCUCUGAAAACCUUUAACUGACGAGCAAGUUCCUGUCAACCGAGGUGUACUUAAGAGCAUUGCCGAUGCUCCAGAGAAGGAACUGGAAUCUCUGAUUGAGGUCUUGGCUUCUGACCGUGUGUUAGAUUUUUUUGUGUGUGUGGGUCAUGGGCCAGUUGCUACGACGACUGCUGUGGUAUGCGGCUGUGGUUGGCUCCACCGUGAACCCGCAGCGCACCGAAGACAACCGGCUGCCCGAGAUCACGGAUCAGGACUUCAUUUCACAGUGCGUCAGCUCUCACAACCAAUACCGCUCCGCCGUCGCCCCGGCCGCAAGGGACAUGUUUUACAUGACAUGGGAUGACGCACUGGCCAUAACCGCUAGAGCCUGGGCGAGGCACUGCAAAUUCAUGCAUAACCCCCGAUUACAGCCCCCGAGGGAGGUGCACCCCACUUUUAAUUCUGUGGGCGAAAAUAUCUGGGUCGGGGCGCCAUAUUCCACUUUCACAGUCGAGGGAGCAAUGAAGCUGUGGUGCGAUGAAGUGGCAGACUACGACUAUUCCUCUAACGGGUGCACAAACGUAUGUGGACAUUACACGCAGGUUGUUUGGGCCAAAAGUUAUAAAGUUGGCUGUGCAGUGCAAGCUUGUCCAAACGGAGUAGAGUUCACCAGCUUUGCCGACCGCCCAGGAGCCAUAUUUGUGUGUAACUAUGGAGAUGCUGGGAAUUAUGCGGGGGUCCAUCCUUUCAUGGAUGGACAAUCCUGCAGUGAAUGUGGUGGUGGGACGUGCGAGAACAAUCUCUGCCGCGACGCGAAACGAGACCAACUGAAACGGUAUGACUGGACUCCAAGCUGGGACCCAGGAGCCAGUACCCCGGGUACCAAUACCCCGGGUACCAGUAUCCCAGGUACCAGUACCCCGGGUGCCAGUUCCUCUGCCUCCUGUGGGUCGUACUGCCUGGGGGUGCUGAUCACCAGGCCCCUGUCUGUCUUGCUCAUAUUCAUAGGGGUUUACGGACUCCAGAUGCUCUACCCCAACCUUUUCUUCUACGAGUGACUUUCUGGCGAGAAAGGGUUGCGUAAAUAUAUAUAUAUAUAUAUCGCAUGUAAUGCUACUGGUUAGACGAUAUUUUUACAUUUCAUAAGAACGGUGUUCUUAAAACUUAACAGUUGCCUCAUCGAACAGAGCGGAAGUAGCCAUUUUGGUUCCAAGACCACACACACACACACGCCUUUCUUCACUUCUACAGUCAAAACUAGAAUUAUGAUCAGGCAAAAUUGUAUAAUUUGACCUGAUUCUAAAAUAUCACUUGCACUGGGCUAUAUUAUGAUAUACUUGCAAGUCAAAAGUUUGAGUACACCUGCUUAAAACCAUUUUUUUCAUAAAGUACCAGUGGACGCUGAGUUAGUCCGGGAAGGGGUUACAGAACCACAAGCACAAGGUUGCAUCUGGUCCAAUCCGAGUGAUGUAGUUAAAUACCGAAUAAAUGUACGAUAUUGUUUUGUGUUGA